CGUGGGGUUCAUAACCUAUUUUAGAGGCAUACACGUUAUGUUAGGUAUUUAGGACCAAGCGAUUGGUAAACGGCUCACGAUUCGCGCUGGCUGAAAUUGAUUUGAUAUUUCUGUGGCAGAGGAAAUUCUAUGGAGAAUGGCAGGACGGAGCGGUGGCCUUUCAGGAUCGCAGCUUAAAUGCCGCUUUGUUUCCCGUCCCGACGUGGAUUGAUAUUUCGGCUUUGAAAGGUACCGUUUGUCCUUAUACGUGCAUCUGAUUUUAACAAAGACCAGCAACGCAGCACUUAAACACUACCGAACAUUUCACGGUCUUGCCCUAGUUCUGGCGCCUCUAUUCUAUCACCCCCUCCUUCUGGUUUGUCUGCGAUGAAUCCUCAUCCGUACUCUGUGGUGUUGGCGUUCACGUUGGCCCAGCUCUGCACAUCUUCUCUGGGAUGUCCUUCGGGGUGCCGAUGCUAUAGUUUGACUGUGGAAUGUGGAUCCAUCGGACUCAAAGAGAUCCCGAAAGGCAUUGCUCAAGGAACACAGACCAUCUUUCUUCAGGACAAUGCCAUCGGACAGGUCCGUCAGCAGGAUCUAUCUGACCUUGGUCAACUCCACUACCUCUACCUGCAGAACAACAGCAUUUCCACCCUUGAAAUUGGGGCGUUCAGAAAUAUGGGCCUGCUUCUGGAGCUCGCUCUUAACAGAAACCGAAUUCACUUGAUCACCAUGGACGUGUUCCGCGGCCUGGAUCACCUGCGCAUUAUUUACCUCGCAGGAAAUCAGAUCACCAGGCUGGAGGACUACACUUUCCGUGGAUUGCAGCGUCUGCAGGAGCUGCAUCUGCAGGAGAAUGCGUUGGAGGUGCUUGCAGAUCAAGCUCUGGUAGGUCUGUCCUCUCUGGCUCUUCUGGACCUCAGCAGAAAUAACCUGCGAACUCUGAGUCCCGCUUCACUCAAACCCCUUGUCAGUCUGCAGGUGCUGAGAGUUAUAGAUAACCCAUGGCGCUGUGACUGCGCUUUGCACUGGCUGCGCGGCUGGAUAAAUGAAGAAGGUCAGAGGUUGUUGAGCUCAGCAGAACGCCGGAUGCUUUGUGCAGAACCUCCGCGGCUCUCCCACCUCAGUCUGAUUGAGGUUCCUCCCAACAGUCUUGUUUGCAUCCCACCCGUAGUGCAGUUGGAGCCCAGACACCUGACGGUACGUUUGGGGGAGAGUUUGCGUGUAUCUUGCCAAGCGUCUGGAUACCCGCAACCCCAGGUGACCUGGAGAAAAGCCUCUCAUGGUAAAGCCCAGCUUUCUCCUAGGGGGCUGGUGCAAGAGGUGGGAAUGGAAGGAGAUGCUAGGACAGGUGGCAGGGUGGUUACUGCCAGACCUGCUGGAAAAGGAGGGACAUCAAGUCAAGGACCAGUCCGUGGCAUGGACGAUGGAGGUGACCGAGAAAGGUUCGAUCCAGAUACUGGAAGCGGGAUGCUGUUUCUCAGCAAUGUUACAGUGGCGCAUGCUGGACGCUACGAAUGUGAGGCGUGGAACCCUGGUGGGGUCGCUCGAGUGACUUUUCACUUGUCUGUAAAUAUGUCUUCGUCAUCCUCUGUUAUCUGGCCUCGGCUACAUUCAUCAUCUUCUUCAUCUUACUAUCAUCCAUCCUCAGUCGACGUGAGUCAAGAGCCACUGUACGAAUUGGAAAGCAUGGACUUCAACACAUUAGGAACCGCAACUCAGAUGGCCAUAGCUGUGGGCAUCUCUCUACUGGCAUUGACGGCCCUACUGCUACUUUGCAUGAUCUACAGUCGUCACCAACGGCUGAAAGAGGAAGGCAGUUAUGGCCCUAGCAAGGAGGAGAGCAUCCUCUACGUCAACGACUAUUCUGAUGGUCCUACGACUUUCGCUCAGCUCGAAGAGUAUCGAGAUGAACGCGGGCAUGAGAUGUAUGUGCUAAACCGCGCCAAACCGGUACUUCCUCCCCCAUCGACCGCAAACCAACAGGGAGCAACGCUGAAGGCAAGUGAGGCACUUCAGAGUCAAGGAAUACUAACCCCAUGCAGGGCAGGAGGCAUCGGUCCCCGUAGAGCUCCUGCAGAAGGUGGAGAAGGGCCUCCGCCUGAUCCCGAGGGGCUGUUCAUGAACCAGAGUUUGCUGUUUGACACACAGAUCGCCUAUGAGAUCCAUUGCUGAACAGUGUCACUCUGUUCCUUUGCAUGGAGAGCUUCUGCUUUGUUUCGGACAGACUAACUCUUCAAUGCGCUUGAAACCAGGGUUCUUGCUGAAAAACAUUACCCUAUUGAAUUUUCUUUUUCGUUCUGAGAGCACAAAUGCUUUUUUUGGUGAUAUUUAAAGACUAACAUAAUUAAAAGCUGAAGUGUUGCAAAAAUAUUGACUGAUUUCAAAACAGGUUUCCCAAAAACCCCUAUCCAUUACUUGGACCAACAGUUGUCUCAGCCCCAAACUCACACCAUUGGUGGAGCCAAUGUUGCCAUAUUAGGUCACUCAAACAUACAUAGAAAUGGUGAAAUCACCACAGUAUUUACACUCUUCGGGGAAAUCAAUCUAUGAAUGGCUUAUUUAAAGUUGACUCUGCACAUUAAACUUGCAUAGAAGAAAGUACUGUGUUUUAUUGUUGACUUUAAAGGAAUAGUGAACCCAAAGUUUGUGUUUUGUUUUGUUUAUUUUAGUCCUUUUUGAGCUUGUUGGUCAAUAUAUGAGGGAAAAGAGCUGUGUAAAGUUCUCCUUUAAAGGAAUAUUCUGGGUUGAGUACAAGUUAAGCUCAAUCGACCACAGUUCUUGCAUAAUGUUGACUACCACAAAAAAUGUAUUUAGACUUAAGAAUUUUCUGUAAAAGAAAAAGCAGAAAUCUGGGUUACAGUGAGGCACUUGGAAGUGUUUGGGGCCAAUCUGUAAACAUUAAAAGGAUAGCCACAACAUGUAAAAAUAUGCAUGUUAAUAUGCUGUUUGUGUUAUAAAAUGACUUACUAACCUUUUCAGUGUAAAGUUAUCCAAUUUUACAACUUCGUUGCCAUGACAACAUAAUAUUGUAAAGCCUUAAACCAAUAAACAUCAGUAAAGAUUUUGUUUUAAACUUUAAAGCUCAAAUAAAACACAAAUGUUAACAGACAAAUUAAUGUUAGUGCUUUUAUACAAAUAAGCUUCAAUUUUCUGCCUUCAAACCCUCCAAAAAAAAAUUACAUUUUAGAAUAAUUGUAAAGUCAUCACAACUAUGGAAUACUAGAAAUUGAACUUUGGGAAUUAUGUUGUGACUAAUAAAAUUCAAAAUAAAUCAAAACUGUGUUAUAUUUUAGCAUCUUCAAAGAAGUCACCCUUUACCUAGAAUUAGCAGACAUGUACUCUUGGCAUUUUCUAAACCAACUUCUUGAGGGAUCACCCUUGGAUGCUUUUUAAACAGUAUUGAAGGUGUUCCCAUCUAUGUGCUGGGCACUUAGUGGCUGCUUUUCUUUAUUAUUUGGUCCAAGUCAUCCAUUGCAAAAACUUUUAGUUUUGUAAUUAAAUAAAUGAAUUUGUUGGCACAAUUAUAUGUUUGUCUACAAAACGAAUUUCAAACAUUAAAGCAUAAGCCUUCAGAAAUGAGAAACAUUUUAGUUAAGUGACCCCAAACUUUUUACCAGUAGUGUGUAUAUGUAUAUAUAUAUAUUAUAAAGGAGGUACAAGUCAAAUGUAUUUAGGUAACAAGUUUAUAGGUAAUCAACAUUAUACUGUCGAUGCAUUAACAUGCAUGGAACCCGGAAUAUUCCUUUAACACCAGGGCUUUGGUUUGUUCACAAAAUGUUCAUUUUUGUGUGAACUAUUCCUUUAAGAGAACAGUGCUACUUUUUAUGUGACAGGAUGUUUCGCUGGAGGAAUUUUCUGAAAGCCAAGAACACGUGUAAUGAAAGUAUUUGGAAACAUUUUAGACCUACCUUGAAAGGUAGAGAUGAAUUGAAACUACCAAAAAGUAGAGUUUUUCUUUUAACUGUGAAAUGCAAACACAGACUGAGGUCAAAAGAUUUCGACCGACUCAUGGAAAGGGACUGAAAAGACAACAGCAAAGGACAUUUGUGGUGAGUUUUGACAUUUUUUUCUGCUCGCGUUAGGCAGUGUGAAUAGCUUUGAUACCCUUCUAGCAGAUGCUGUCUUCAUAUUUCAAAAAUCUUUAUCUAUCAGAUGCAUUCCUGUGUGUAUUUAUUUUUAUGUUGAAUGUCAGGCAGCAGAAGAGAGCGAAACCUUGUGAAAACCAGAACCAAAAGCGGAUGGGUGGUAUGUUUUUUUUAAAAGGAAGACAGUAAGGACAACAGUUAAGUAUUUGCAUCUAUAUUCUCUUUGAGGGACGUUUACUCUCUUCUUGACCUCUGUUGAUCUAACACUGUGAAUAAGCAAAUGAUACUCUAGAUUCACAGCUCAGUUUUGUAAGCUAUUAGAUAUGGAAGUUCUUCUAUUUAACAGUUUUGGGGGGUUUUUAGGAUGUUGAUCAUUUUUCUUAUUUUUUCUUUUUCAUCAACAUUAUACAGACAAAUAUGUAUUGAUCAUAUCAGGGUAUAUAAAUAUGUGUUACAGCUCAAGAUGUUAUGCUUCAGCUCAACAACACAAUCGUUUGUGUAUUUAUGUCAAAUGUCAAUAAAACAUAAACCAC